GUUGAAUCAAACGUUAAAUAAUGGCAACAGGUGAUUUAAAAAGAAGCUUACGGAACUUAGAACAAGUGCUUCGCUCGCUAAAUUACCCUAGAGAGGUGGACUGUGUAGGUUUGGUAAAGGGAGAUACAGCAGCCUCUCUGCCCAUCAUCAGCUAUUCCCUUACCUCAUACUCACCCUAUGUAGCAGAACUUCUGGUCGACUCCAAUGUUGAGCUCCUAGCAAAGAAUGACUUGCGCUUCAUAGAUACUGUCUAUAAGCUUCUUCGUGAUCAAUUUAAUUAUAAACCAAUCUUGACAAAAAAGCAGUUUAUCCAGUGUGGAUUUGCAGAAUGGAAAAUCCAAAUUAUAUGUGAUAUUUUGAAUUGUGUGAUGAAAAAGCACAAGGAGUUGAGUAGUCUUGAGAAGACUCCAUCACAACAAAGAAAAAAGACCAGUUCUGCCAAGUCAGAACCUUGUUCAAGUGCUGAGAAGACAUCUACUGAACCUGUGGGCAUUGAUGUCACUGGCAGAUUUGUGACUUCAGGAAAGAAGAAAGCUGUGGUGAUCCGACAUCUGUACAAUGAAGAUGGUGCUAACGUUCCUGAAGAUACAGUAACAGAUGUUAACGAAGCAUUUGAUGUUUGUGACUUAAAGGCUGCUGAAAUAAUUCCUGAAUUACAGGUUCCUGACAUUAACUGUGAACAACAAGAUAUAAAAGUCAAUCCUGAGGUUACUGCAUUACAGUCUAUGCUUGCUGAAUGCCAAGAAAAGCUUAAGAAACUGACUUGCAUAGAGAGUAGAUUAGAAUCUUUGGAAGAAAAAAUGAAAGGGAAAGUGAUGGUGAAUGAAAAAACCUGGGCUAAUCUUCUGAGUCGUGUCACUCUUCUUGAAACAGAAAUGCUUUUAUCUAAAAAGAAUAAUGAAUAUAUAGAGUUUAAUGAGAUGAGUGAAGACUAUGCUUCCAGUAGUGACAUGGACAGUCUCAAUCCAGACAGAAAAAGCAAAGAGGAAAGGCAUGCAAAUAUUCCCUUAUCCUUUGGUUAUAGUACGGUGUCAUCAAAUUCAACUCCCAGAACCUCAACUGUUAAUUACUGUGGUUUGAAAGAGAUCUCAGAGAACCUUCCCGCGUGGAGUGUCCCAUCCUCUUGUUCCCACCCUGGCCGGCUGCAUUCUAGGCCUCCUCCAUCCAGCUCGUCCUGGACUGUCCUGGGUCCCUCUCCUGGGUUGCCUCUUCAUUUCUGGGAACCCAUGUCUCCCUUCCCUUGCUGCACUCGGAUGUUUUAGGGGAGCUCCUCCACUAAACCCGGAGCCCCUUCUUCAGCAGUAAGUCUCUCAGUAGGUGGACCUUGACCCUCCGCUUUUCCUUCCUGCAGCAUCGUCCUUGUUCAUCUGAUUUCCGUUUUCCACCAGCUCAUG